CUUUUGCCACAGAUUGUUUUUAAAGAAUUAUGGGAAAUGACAACAAAAGAAUCAAAUUUCAGUUUUUCACAGAUGAAACUACAGAAUGCAUGGAGUACUGUAACCCUGUCAGACAAUCGCAGGUGGCCUACCACUGACAAGUCCCUGCAGCUGUGUGCAGUUGUGAUCUCCUUUCCCCUUUUGUCAUGGACUUCUCUGAUGCAUGAAGAAGACCAAGAUCAGGAUGCAGUAGGUGGACAGAAGAUUAUUAAUCAGACAUUUCUUUCUCUUUCCCAAAUUACUGCUUUGUCAGAACAAAAUGUAGAAGGAGUUCAAAAAAAGCUGGAAGAAUUUCUGAAUUUUAAACAAUUAAAGACAUCUUUGAAGGAAGCUAUUUUGCUAGAUUAUUACACUGCCGGAUUUUGGUGGGCUAAAGAAAAGAACUUCAGUCUUGUGCAGCUCUCAGGAUUCAUGGAUCUAUUAAACUUCCUGUUGGAGAACCUCCGUGACAAACAUAUGACCUUAGGAGAUAACAUAAAGGAACUUGGAAAAGCAAUGGCUGGAAUAGGAGAAACUAAUUCAGAAAGAAGUGGUGACAUGGAUGUCUUCAGCAUUGAGCAAGCCAAAGCAAUCAUUGAUUACUUGAAUAUCAGUUUAUUUAAACCCUAUAAAUUGUAUGAACAUCUCUUCCACAGUCCUAGAGAAGAACUUGUGAUAAGUAAUAAGUAUGUGAUUGAACUUGCCCCACCUGCAGUUACCCCCUUCCCUCCUUUACUGGAAGAAGGUAUGCCUUCAGAGAGCUGUGCAUCAUUGAUAGUAUUGCCAAUAGCUGCAGAGAUGGAAUCUAAGGGAUCUGAUCAAGAAGGUCACCUGGAAGAACCCUGUCCAGAGGCAGAGUCCCUUGAGGCAGGUGCUGUGGCUGCUUUCACUGUUGAAGAUCAGAAGUCUGCAGUGGGUGGAAUCCCAGAUGAAAUUAUUGGCAACCUUGAGGCAGAGAUAAAUGAAAAGCUGCAAAUGCAAGAAUAAGCUUAUACUUUGAGAACAGAAAAAUUAAAAAGUCCUAAAUAACCAGAUAAGAAAGGUGAUGUUGAAUUUUACAGAAACUGGGGGGGUGGGGAGUGAUACACACGGAAGACUGGCUCUCUGCCAGAGCAUAAUUAUUUUUGUAUAAAGGAAAAUGGUUCACUUAACUUUUACCUAGAAAUAGUUCAUCCAAGUUCCUCAAAUUCACUGUGUUCUGCCAGGGUUGUUGUUUAGUUUAGACUUAAGUGGGAGACUGUAAACAGAAGAAUAUGUAAUACAAGCAUGUUGAAGUUCAGUUUAUUUCUGAAUAUAAAUCUCAGUUAAAAAAAAAAAAAAAAAAAACACAAAACUCUCUAGUUUUAUUAUUUCUUUCUUCCAGUUGUGAAAUGCUUAAAAGUUUCUGCUUUCUCUGGAUAUUUUGCUGGAAGGAGAAUACACAGAAAGAAAAUAUAAUUUUGAGGCAUUGCAGAUACAAUAAGGAGAGAAUUUAAUUAACAUGUAAUUAUACACUUUUUUCUAUAGUUAUUCAUUAAUAACAUGUAUGUUAUUUCAUUUUAUUUUUUUUCUAAGCUUUUAAACUAGUUUCAUAUAUUACACUUCUUUAUUUCCACCAUACUAAAAUUGCAUAGAAGAAGAGUAUGUACUUUUACAGUCUUCCCAGAAAGAAUUCCUUUUGAUUUCCAUGGAUUUUCUUCUGGAAUACGUGUAACGUUUCAUCUGAAAAUGUAUUUUCUAUUCCUCUGUAUGUUAACAUCAUUCCGUAUUUUGUCAGACAUUAUAGAAAUGUUGUAAACACAAGAGGAAUCUAACUAUAUAAUAAUUGACAUCAGAACUGGUUUAACGUCUAUGUUUCAAAAUAGUAAACUACACUAAUUGCUGUGUUACAGAACUCUGUGCCCUAGAAAGCAUGUUAAAAACAAGUCAUGCUUUCAAGCAUAAGGGCUGGAUUGCAUGUUUAAGGGAAUAUUUAAGAAACAGAAUAUUUUAUUCGUUACAAUUUUGUAUUUGUUUCUCAUUAAGUAAAAUGUUAGGCUUUGUUUCACUUCCACCACAUUUUUAUGGUGAUAAUGAAAAAUUUUCGCAAGCCUGACUCAUCCAGGCAAAAAUGACAAUAACCUGAAAUAGUUUGCCUAAAAGGUCUUGUUUGUCACUGCCUGCCUUGCAUGGGUGUGCUCCCUGGUUGUGCUCAGAGCUGAGAGCACAGCCAGAAGGGGGCAUUGCCUGCACGUUGUUCAUCAGAAAGAGCUCGCAGAAUUAAAAGACAAUAUUCAGUAGCUGCAUUUGAGUGCCAAUAGCCUGGAAGUACUCUUUAAAGUACAUGUCAGAUGUGUGGGCACUGGACUUCUGUAAAGCAGUUGUUGAGAUGUUAAGUGGGCAGAAUAUUUUAGUUGGUCUCACGUGUUGAGAAAAAUUCUUCCCGUUACAUGAUCAGAAGUAAGCUCUAUAGCAAUUCACUAAAAGUUUUCUUCAUUUUUCUAUCCAACAUGGGCCAACAAGUUAAUAAGAGCUUCCUUUCAGCUAUAAAAGCUAACUAUUCCAAUUUGAAUGGUGAGGUAACUCAUGAGGAAUUAUUGGUUUAUCCUAAAAAAAAAAUCCUUUAAAAUUUCUAAGAUUCAUGGUUAUGUUCUGCAAUGUUUUAUUGCUUUGAAAUAUGACUUUUUUUGUCAUGAAAACUUUCUAAAAUCAAAAGGACCUUUAUUUUGAUACAUAAAUUAAUUUCCCAGAGCAUUAUGCUAAUGUCACAAGUUUCCCUGGUUUUGAACUCAAAGGUGUGAACACAACUUCUGAAGAGAACUGUCUGUAUGGAAGGGGAGGAGUAUUUCUUAAAAUUUUUGCUGAAAACGUUAUUGUCAAUUUAGCACUUCAGUCAAAUCUGACGACUACAACAUUCUUGCUAUAUGACAAAGCAGAAAAGGAAUAAUGAUGAUUUAUGUUAGGACCAAUGCUAAACAAAGGCUUUUGCCCAUAUCUCUUCCUCCCUCUCCCAUAUUUUGUAGAACUUCUGUAAAAUUUUGAAGUGCUUUGAAGAUGAGAAGUUGUAUAUGAACAUCAAGUAUUACUGCAAUGAUUUGUUAGCAGUCGCUCUUAGUACAUAUGCAUAACAGCUGAGGUACUGCAGAAAUCCAAUGUGGAGUUCAAAUCCCACAAACCAUACUUAUAGCCCUCUUCCUGCUGACUAAUAAUAUUUGUAGCUAUGCUCCUGUUGAAAUAAUGCUACCAAUAAAAACAGCCCCAGGGAUUUUUUUAUUUUUUUGAAAUGGGAGGGGGGAUAGUUAAGGAGACUAAGGUGAAGGCGGGAAGAUGAGCAAAAGGUGGACAUGACAUCUCUCCAAGUAGUAGGAGUACAUGCUCUGACACAGCAUAUGAACAUCAACUUGAAGAAUCCUUUCAUGUCUUCAGAAUGUUAAUAUGAAAUGCAAAACGUCAUGCUUUGGAUGGAUGGGUAGGAACAAAAUGUUCAGAUGCAAUAUGGUGCAUUAAGAACAGUCUCCAGCCUGUAUUCCUGGCUUUUCCGUUGGUUUAAAUCAGGCUUGCUGUUUUUAAAGUCUCCUGUGUCAUGUUGAGUUACUGCUAUAGUUGUCUCUAAAAAUAAUUAUACUGUCAUUUCUGGGACCUAUAGUUGAGGCUUUUGAGGCUUUGGCAUAAUAAUCUUUGAUUUUUUGUUUCACUACUGAUGUGACAUAGUUCUUUAAAAUAUACAUACUUAACGUAGUUCUUAACGGGUUCCACCCUACAAAGCUUUCAAUUUAAAUCAGGCAGAUGUUGUAGAAAAGAAUAAAGAUGUUACAUUCUGCCUUGUCUCCCAAAUAAGGAUUUUCCAGGGGAAAACGGAUAGAAGAAACACUAUAGUUUUUCCUGUGUAAGGUAUAAUAUUGAUGCUUUUUAGCAUCUGCAUGGUAAAAUCCUGGUCUCCUCUAGGAUUUUAUAAUAAGAUAGUGAACAACUAGUAAUUAUCCUCUAGCAAAAGAAAAGCUUUUCAAGCAGUGCUUUCCUGCGUUACACUGACAGAGGAUGGAAGUUUAGAAAAGAUGGAAAGCAGCACUUUCCUGCAUUACAUUGACAGAGGAUGAAACUUUAUAAAAGAUGGAAAACAGCUUUCCUAAUAAGAAGCUGGCUGGAAAAGAUGGAAAAGGGGGCAAAAAGAGAAAAGUUUUUUUUUUUUACCUGUUCCAUAGUGUUUUGCCAUGACCUUUUCUUCUCAAGCCUUGCUUCUCUCCUUCUGCACCAAUACUUAAUUUGAAUUUGAAAAUUACCACAUUGUUUCCUUCCUAAAAUUAUAACUGACAUUCCUAGAAAAUUUGCUUUCCCAGAAAAGCACUGUGCGUAGGCUUUGUAUUCAGCUUUCCACAAGUGAGAAAAAGACAUUUUCUUCAAUAAUCUACCCUGCCAACAUGACCACAAAAUGUGUGCAAAGUCAGCAUUUGUCAAUUUAAAUCAGAUUUUUAAGCACAUGAUUCAGUUAACCACCAGUACGCGUGUAUCCAGGUGUAGGUAUUUGUAAGGAUUUAUUCUGUGAGUAGUAUAUUGUUUUCAUUUAUGGGCUUUGGUUUUCAGUUCAUACUAACUGUGUAACAAGAAACAUCUUUGUAUUAUGCACACUUGUUGGUUGUGGUGUUUUUUGUUUUGUUUUGUUUGUUUUUUUUCCAGUAGUAUAUUUUAAAGUUUUUCAGUCCUUAUUUCUGCCUUUUCAUCCUGUACGGUGCUUGGACUCUCCUGUUAAGGGAUUCCUGUGAGAUCUGUCUCAUUCUGGUGAGAUUUACACAAGCCACUGCAGGGAAGGGUGUUCUGAUGCUACUUCUCCUGUACAGAGCCUCCCUAGCAUAGGCUUGAUCCCAGGUUGUAACCCAGAAGUAAGUAGAAGACAGCUGCUCAAAAGAAAGAAUACUAAUAUGGGCUGUACCCUCUCAUCCUCAGCUAGCCCCUGUAUAUGGCAGAGUGUGGAUAUGACAGAUGAACUUCGACAUGGGUUACAUGCAUAUCAAGGCUGGUAAAGAAUUCAUAGCUAAUGCAUGUAGCUUUCCUGUGGUGUGGAAGGAAUGUUUACACUCUUACUAGCACUAGUCAGAGCGAUGUGUCAUACUGAAGCAAAAGAUACUUUAAGGUAACUGGGCAAUUCACCCUCUUUCCUCUCCCUCCUAUUCAUUUUAGGAUGGUGUUAUACCUGCCCCUGCCACAAUGUGUGUGGUUCUCCUGUACACUGGUGUAGGGAGGAGUUGUGCCCAAGGUGAGAUCACCUCCAUUUCUCUGCCACAGUUGACAAGGAAGUGACAGCAGUGACAAAACAGGCUGCGUUGCUUGCCAUGAGCAACUCAAAACUCAUGCAUGUAACGCUUCAACCCAUUUUCUUGUGACACUUCAAGUGUGCAGAGCAAGCUUCAAACUCCAGCAGUUGUGGAUUUAGAUUACACGUUCGUGCCAAAAAAAAAAAGAAAGAAAAAAAUUAAAGGAUAGUUGCAGUGACUCAUGUAAUUGAGAGUCCCAUUCAGAUGCAGAGUAUUAAAGAGAACUUUGGAAUUAGUAAUACUGCAGAAAGAACAGAAUGUAAAAUAUUUCCCGGACAGAAACAGCCUGGCUUUUUACAUAGUAGAAUUAGUGGCCCACUGCUUUAAAGCUUUCACUGACAAAGCAAAGACUUCAUUAAAUAUGAAGUUUGUGUUCACACAGAACUCUACGCUCUCACUGUUGGCUAGGCGUGCCAGUAGUUGUAUUUGUUUCGCACAUUUAAGCAGCUGAUUAAAAGAACAAAAUAGGGAAAGGUCAGUUGCUGUAAGUGCCCUGGUACGGUGGAAUAGGGGGAGUAAGAGGGGAGACCUAUGGCCUGACAGAAGGAGGUUGUUCAAAGGCUAUGAGGAAGAAUGGUCCAUAAAAGUUAUUUGCCUAAAAUGAGGAUAGUAAUUCUCCAUUCCUGGAGGAAAAGCUGUUGGAGUUGUAUUGAUUUGGGAUGCUGAUGUGGAUGGUGAUUCAGGUUGGGAGAUUCUGCAAGUGCUUUGAAGAAUCUUCUGGAUGAGCCAGUUCCUCCAGUGACUGCAAAGAAGGCCUCAGGAUUUUGCCUCCCUCCACUGAGGUAGUACAAGCAGUGAGCCACGAAUUUGCUGACUUUUCACGUACACAAGGAGCCAAGAUCCGGGAACUGCAGCAUCUGGCCUGCCAGCAGAGAGCAGGGAAAAAAUCACGUGAUCAAGACUUCCUCUGAGAACUGGAAGCUAAGGCCUUCGUCACAUGAAGUGGUUUGUGAAAAGGACAAUUGCUUGGAAAUGAUCAAAUUUUAUUUUGAUGUCAGUGCUUUUUAAGAUCUAUGUUUUGGGUUGUUUGAUUUUUAAACACUGAGGGGUCACAGAAAGAUGGUGAUAACAGGUAACUAGUAGCACAUACUAUUUUAUGGAAGUUAAUUUGUCAACAGUCUGGGAGAUGUGGAUGGCUCAGACUGAUCGGAAGUGGAAGGCCACUGGAAUUUGAUUUGAUUUGAUUUGCAUUGCAGGACCUGAAUGGGCAGCUAAAUGAGCAAAGAGGACUGGAGGGCGCAUCCUUGACUUACGUCAGCUGCAAAAACUCUGUUCAGGGGGCCCUAGCAAGGCUUGCACUGGUUGAGGACCUGCCCCCGUCCUCGUCCAAGCUACAUAUGGGAGACACCCUCAUUCCUUACUUAUAAGCAGGCAAAUCACACAUGCACACACAUUCCUCUGUUAUAAUUAAAUUAAAAUCUUACUAAUUUGGAGGCAUACCUAUCACGUUCUCUUCUAGGAAGAAACUAUUAUUUCUUCUUUUAUUCUUUUCUGCUUGAAUCCUAAGCUAUCAAGGGCUUUCAAAGAAAAAGGAGUUUUUCUUUAGAAAAAAAGACUAUUCAAAUUAUUCAUGAUUUAUAUCAAGAAGGGACCUUUCCUCUUUCAACUAGUAAAAAAGGGGGAGUUUGAUCUUCCUCAAAAUCAUUUGAGAACCUUGUAGAUUUCUUUCCAGAGCUAAAACUUUCUUACAAAGCUUUGGAUAUUCAGCAGAAUAAUGACUAUUACAUAACUGAAGCUCAAUACAAUACCAUGGGGCUAAUAAAUGGUCUCCUGGUUCUAUAGAAAAUGUAACAAAUCAUAAUAGCACUUAUUGGGACUAGGCCAGGCACAAAUGACAAAGCUGCUUUUGAAAGCGAGUUCUGGCCAGAAAUAUUCUUGGACCAAGAUCAUUUUCUUGACUGUCAGGGGUACAUUUACUCCCUUUAAUUUUCAGCCUAGAUUUUAUGUUGAUCCUGAAACACUGAAUAAAAUCAAGCCUGUCAGUGCUGCUACUGCAGCUGUUACAGAUGUAAAUGAAGAGAAGGCUAUUUAAGACAAGUCUGUUUCCCUGAAUAUGUUAUUUUGAAAUUAUGCAGAUUAUACAAAAAAUGGCUUGAUAUGACCUUAUUGUGCCUUUUUAAAGGAAGAAAAGGAUGCUACACUAUUAAGUGGUUUAUUAAAGUUUCCGAUCACAGCUCUUAUGCUUAGAAAAUAAUUGUUCUAUUGUGUGCUGUGAAGCUGCUUGUAAAUAACUGGCAAAGGGGUAUACUGCUUUGUGUUCUCCAUAGAGAAAAUAUUAAAUUCAAUUGAUUAAUCAAAAGGGGCAUUCUUUGAUGGAAGGAAACCUUUACAAACUUUAUUAAAAAUAUUGAAUGAACCAUGAGCAAAGUUCAUAAUCUAAACUUCUGCUCUACUUUCUCAGGUGUGCUAGCUGCUGUGUAAACCUUCAAAAAUUCUCAUAAAGCAGGACAUGAGAUGUAUUUAAAAACAAAACAAAACAAUACCCAACAACAACAAAACAGAGCAGUGUAUUCCAAAACCUCUAUCUUGGUUUGUCUCUGCUAUACAACUGUGGCUUCACUGUUUUUCCAGGAGUCACUCUAUUUCCACUGGAGAGACAGGAGGACAGCAAUCAUGUGGACAAAUGCAAGAUGGCUGGUGAGAAUGGAGACAAGUGAAGUGGAAACUCCCAGACCUGAGGGGAAAACAGAGCUCAAACAGAACAACUUUUCUCAAGCAAGUAUGCAUACAGCAGUAAGGAGCAGUGCAGAUCCAGAAGGCUCUGUGGACUACAGCUCAGGACCGCCUGGGGGUCCCACGAUCCUGGCUUACUACAUCUGCUGGUGUGGGAGCUGCCCCAUGCCGUGGAACAAGGAGAUUCACGCAUCCCUUCCCAUAAGGGUGCUGUGGGCUCUGCGCCGCAGCGAUUCUUCCAGCCCAGAAGUAGGUCACCUCAGGUCUCCUCACUACAGACAUCUCAGCCACAUGAAAAGCAAACCCAAGACAUCAUGUGGAGCAGCAAGGCAGAGUACUGCCCUGCAUGUCCUGAGGAGGAAGGGGAGCCAUGGAGAACUCUGAUGAUUCGGACCACAUGGUGGAACAAGAUAGAUCUCAGCAUCAGUGGCUGUCCCGUGCACUUGUGUAUGGUCGUACUCCCAACGCAGCUGAACAUGGUCCUUUGGGUGUGUUCCUUCCCCCUUGGAGAUACCACCUGACAGCAUGGGGUCUUUCCUAGAUGUGUCUUAAAAGAGAUGUCCCACCGGAGCAAAAUUCAUCAGACUCAAUUAACAACAUCUGAAAAGUGUAUCUUGGUUAGUAACUGAUGAGGCAGAGCCUGUGUGGGCUGUGCUCUCGCUGACCCAUCACCCCGUGCCACUCCAAGAAACCAGCUCCUCAGGCAAUAGGUAGCCGCCACCUCAGCUUACUGUUACCGGGAGAGCUAAGCAAACAUUUCAGGGGCUGCCAAACCACCGGCUACUCCCAUCCCAGAGCUUCAGAGUGACACGUGCCCCUUGCUACGGGGCUCCAAAUGCUCUGUGAGUAUCCGGGCAUCCUCCCGGUUUCUGCACUGCGACCUGAGGAGUCCCACGGCGGCCAGCCCAUGACUGCCAAGCCUCUCGAUCUUCAGGGUGAUUCCUGUCAGCCAGCCUGCCCCUGGAGUCCUGCGAAUGCCAGGGCAGUUUGGGGUCUGCCUCAUGGGAGCACCUGGCAGUCCUAGAGGGCAGCUUACAGUGUGAUGCCGGUAUUGUGGAAAAGCACAAGUGCUUCCAGCGGGUGAUGCGAACGUCUGAUCUAAAGAACUCCCUAAGUAAGGGACCGAUCCCCAACCCGAGGGGAGUGAGCGCCGGGCCUCCCAUCAACUUCAAAGGGCCUCGGGUCCCGCCCGGCUCACUGGCUUCGGGCAGGGGCCGGCGUCGCCCUUGCAGCUCUGCUGUGGAUCCGUCUGCCACCCCGAGCACGCUCCAUAAAACUCCUCAGUGACUUAAAAGCCUGGAAGAGAAAAGCUCCAAGCAGAAAAUAAAUAAAUGAAAUAAAACAAAACAAUGCUGGCCUCCCAGCCCCCGCACAUGCAAACAUGAGGUUUAAGAUUGGAUCAUGGUUGGGUUUCAUUCCAAGUAUAAAAAUGGGUUUAGAAGACUUCAGUUUAAAUUGCUUCCUGUCUCCCAACAUUCCUAACCACAAAUAUUUUUAAUUGUACGGCACGAAAAUAAAGUUAUUUAAUAAAUU